AAGUUUGUUGAAAGUCAUGUUGAUACUGUUAAGUUUCUUGAAAAUCAAGUUGAUACUGUAAAGUUUGUUGAAAAUCAAGUUUUUCAAAAUUUUUUCAGGUACUUCGUUCUGUUAAUAAUGAAUUCAAUGGUUAAAAAUCACAAAGUGAUGUUUACCUUUUCAUUCAUAAACUAACAGCAAUGGAAAACAACACAAAUCGAUAAAAGACAUGGUGCAGAGACAUGGUGACAAACACCAGAAACUCAGUUCAAAGGGCGCCAAAAUGCUGAAAAUAAAGUUGUGAAGGUACAAGUGUCUCUUCAGUACUUACUGAAGUACGAACACCUUUAAUCGUAAUUAUUUUUGCAGUUUCAUAUUGCUUGUAUGUUUGGUGGACCUAAAUUUCUUGUGAAAAUGUUACCUGUAAACAAAUUAAAUUCUCAAUUUUUAUAUGAUCAAAUUCAUUUGACUGUUGAAGCAGUUAAAGAGUCUAAUGGCAACGCAAAGACAAUCCUUGCUUGUGAUGGAAAUCGAACUAAUCAAGCAUUUUUAAAAAAAUUUGACUCAUUUCCUGAAAAACCUUGGCUAACCACCAAUGGAACCUAUUUGUUGUUUGACUUUGUCCACUUAAUCAAAAACAUCCGAAACAAUUGGCUCACAGAAAAAAAAGGAGAAUUAAUUUUUUAUGAAAAUGGUGUUGAGAAAACAGCUUGUUGGAGUCAUUUGAUAAAACUUUUUGAAGCUGAUUCUAAUUGUCUAAUGAAACUUUCUGAUUUGAAUGAAGUUUCUGUUCGACCCAGUCAUAUUGAAAGACAAUCUGUUUCUACCUGUCUAAAAGUGUUUUCUGAAAAAACAUACAGCGCUUUACUUAAUCAUCCUGAAACCUCCAACAUCUUAAACAUAAAUGAGACUGCUGAUUUUAUUAAAAUGGUUGUUACAUGGUGGAAAAUUUUAAAUGUAAAAAGUGUGGGUGUAGAUUGUAGGUUUAAUGAUGAUCGAAAAGCUGUCAUCAGAGAUCCAAUUGAUGAUAGAUUAAAAUUUAUUUGGGAUUUCGAAGAAAUGGCAUUACGUAUGACAAGUAAUCAAGGGAAGCGUAUAAAACAAUUAACACAUGAUACAGGAUAUUCCAUAAAUCAUACAUGUAAAGGAAUUGUUGAGUUGACAAAAACACUAUUAAAAGAAAAACACAAAUAUGUUACGUUGGGAAAAUUUACAACAGACCCACUUGAAAAAGAAUUCAGCAAAUUAAGACAAGGAUCUGGUGGACAUUCUUGCCAAUUUUGUGGAUUUUUACUUGAUGAAUCUUCAGCUGAGGUCUUUGAUAAUUUACCAACACUAGAAAAAAGUAUAACUGUUCAAUCAAAGAUGUCUCUUGUUUAUAUUGCCGGAUAUGUGUCUCGUAAUGAUGAUUUGCUUAAUGAAAAUGAACUUUUAACCAGAACAAUGUUUUAUUUUGAAAAGUUUGGUCAAUAUCUAAAAUCAGUCGAUAGAGGUGGGUUAAAAGUUCCUUUUGAUAAUACUGUUUAA